CCGGUCAGCCUGCUGUCUGAGAACCCGCCUUCUGUUAUCCCGCCUGAUGAUCUGACGCCCGCUGUCCAGCCUGAUGCCUCAACACCCGCUGUCCUGCCAGAUGCCUUGACGCCCGCUGUCCUGCCAGAUGACCCGGUGCCCGCUGUCCUGCCAGAUGACCCGGUGCCCGCUGUCCUGCCAGAUGACUCGCCUGAUGCCUCGGUGCCCGCUGUUCAGCCUGAUGCCCGAUGACCCAGUGUCCGCUACCUGGCCUGAUGAUCCUACCCGGCCUGAUGGUCCUGCCCGGCCUGAUGGUCCUGCCCGGCCUGAUGACCCUAUCCAGCCUGAUGACCCUAUCCAGCCUGAUGACCCUAUCUAGCCUGAUGAUCUGGUGCCCGCUACCCGGCCUGAUGAUGCUAUCCAGCCUGAUGCC